AUGAAGUUCAUACAGGUACGUAAUCCCUUGCUGGCAGCCUUCUUAUUCUUGGCUGCUACUCACUGUGCCAGCCAGAGGAGUGGCCCAGGCAGCAGUAGCAGUAGCAGCAGCCUGGCCUGCCGCCCUGUCAAUACCACCAUUGCGGCAGAGAAAGAUGACUGCCCCAUUUGCAUGACCAUCACCACCUCCAUCUGCAGUGGCUACUGUGAAACCAAGGAGAUGCUGUUGAAGACUAUCCUCUCUUCCUUCAACCAGAGAGUCUGCACCUACAAGGAUGUCCGCUAUGAGACUGUGCUCCUGCAGGGAUGUCCGGCAGGCGUUGACCCGUCCUUCACGUACCCUGUGGCGCUCACUUGCCACUGUGACCUCUGUAAGAUGGACUCCAGCGACUGCACUGUCCAGAGCACUGGGCCCAAUUCCUGUAGCAACCAACAGGUCUUUGCCGAAUGA